GAGGAAACUCCAGAACACACGGAGACGAAUCUGAAGGGACUGGGACAAGUGGAACCAAUAAUUCUUCUAAAGAUGCUUUCAUUGGGGUGAAGAGAGAGGUUCCUUUUUCCUGGACCGCAUGUCAUGAUUCUGGCGACGGAAGAGCCUUGUUCUUAAAAGAUCUUACAGCUGUUGUGCCCACUGAACAUUGCGCCCACCGCCAUGGGGAAGAAACUGGACUUGUCCAAGCUGUCUGAUGAUGAAGCCAAACAUGUAUGGGAAGUCAUUGAAAGAGACAUGAACCUCCGCAAGACCGAAGAGCAGAGGCUGGAUGAGAUAAAAGUAAAACUGAAAAAAGAGAGCAGUAAGAGGGAGAUCCUGUGCAGUCAGAGCCAUCUGAACAGCAGUCAUUGCAUACAUUGCCUGCAGCCCUUCCAGUUCCUGAUCAACAGCAAACGCCAGUGUAAAGACUGCCAGCUAAAUGUCUGCAAGAACUGCAGCCGCUACAACAAGAAAGAACAGGGCUGGGUGUGCGAUACAUGCAGAGCCUCCAGAAUGGUGAAGAUUGGCUCCCAUGAAUGGUAUCAUGACCAUGUACGUUCUAGAUUCAAGCGGUUUGGUAGCGCCAAAGUUAUGCGCUCUCUGUACCUGAGGCAGCGGUCUGAUGGUAGAGGAGGAUAUAACAUGACAGGGCUUCAGGACAGAGUACAGAGCCUGCCUGAUAUUAAUCGAGAAUAUCUGCGCCAGGCUAGGGCUGGGAUGUUUGCUGAUGAGGAUGAGGAUGUCCUGGACAGUGCAGAGGCUCAGCGCUAUAGUAUGAUGCGCAAGACCAAGCGUCUGCUGUCUGUUCAUCCGUAUGACUUUGACAAUGAUUCUGAGUAUUCAGCUCAGUCACGCAGACAGUCAGUGCAGCUUUCUCCAACUCUAGAUCAAGAUGUUUUUCAGUCUUUUUCCGAGUAUACCACCUCUGGCAAAGAUGGCACUCGAAAAGAGUCACUCAUUGCUGAAGCUGAGCUGGCUUCAGUGUUCCACCAGCUACUCCAGGAACAAGGCCAAAAUGUCAUCAACCCAGAGCAGGAGUUCAGCACUGAAGUUCGUUUGACAUUGAAUUCUCGACGCCGUAGUCUGGAAAACAUCAGGAGAUCUAACCUUCCUUGUUUAACAGAAUCCCAAACAAAAUUUUCCCUCCCUGAUUCCCAACUAACUCGCACCCGCUAUCUCCCUAAAGGCAGCCCUUUCCUUGCACCCAAGGAAUCGCAGUACGCUGGUGACAUGGACACCUCGGAUGAAGAAAGGGGGGCCAUAGCCAAAGUGCCCCCCAGGCGCCGAAGCCGUGCAUCAUCUCAGGAAAACAUCCACCAUUCAGGCCCACAGAUAUCUGAUCUUAAUAAGCGCAUGUCCGCUAUUGAACGCAUGCUAAACCGCCUAGAGGAGAGAAUCUCUGUGCAAUCCGAUGAGUCCACAAGCCAUGCAGGGCAGACCGAUGCGGACUUGGAGGAAGAAACGCUUAAACGAAAGUUAGGAGAACUUGCCAGUAACAUGAGUGACAAAGGAGGCUCCUCUGAUGAGGAAAAAGGACCGAAACUCAAGUCAACAUUGAAAAGUUCCAUUGAGGAUGCGACUAAUAAGAACCAGAAGAGGACAGCAGCUCAGGCUCUCUGUGAUAUCACGGCAAAAACAUUGAGGACCAUAAAUGCCACUGAGAGAGCCAUAGAAGAAGCCUUUGGUGGUGAGAGCCAACAGCCCAUCACUCCCUACACCAAACCAGGAGGCAGCAGCACGGCGCAGGCUGAGUUCCAGGAGUUAGAGGAAAAUGUGUACAUGGUAGCAGACAAGACAUAUGGACUCGAAAAGAACCUCCAGGAUCUGGAAGAGAGAGCACGUCAGAGCGGAACAACAGAUUCUGAGCUUUCAGAAUUAGAGGUCAGCGUGGCAUCUGCUAUGGCCCAAGUGCAGCAGGCAGAAAGUGAGGUGUCAGAUAUUGAAACCAGGAUAGCUGCUCUGAGUGCAGCAGGACUCACUGUGUCCCCUUCAGACAAGGCCAAGAAGAAGUCCAGCUCUCAGGCAACUUUUUCUGCUAUAUCCAGAAGUACAGAGCCAUUUCAGCCUCCAUCACCAGAACUACAGAACCUUACUUCAACACCUAAUGAAACGAAGAUUUUGGCAAUGCAGCAAGCUCUAAGAAAGAAGUUUAAUAUUGAUCCAGACAUGGCAGAUGGUUCAUUUGAGCGUAAUGCACUUUAUCGUGGCUCUUUGACUCAGCGCAAUCCAAAUGGGAAGAAUAAAAAGCUGGACCGCAUCUUUGCUAAACCUGUUCUCAGCCAAAGAUGAAACAAGGAUCAAAGCCGUCUUCAAACACAAUAGCUUCUUCUGCUUGAUUUACUGAACAACGAGAGGAUACAGUCCCAGCUUACAGCAGCAAACUUUAUGUAGUCAUAGAGGCUAUCGGUGCCUGGAGCUAGGAUAUUCAAGGCCUUCUUAUAAUUGUUAUUAUAAUGGUCUUAUAGGAAGAAGUGAUCAUGUCUGUUAUUGCAGUAUUCUACAGUUUUACUACUAUCAUAUAUUUACUUGUGUCACUAAAUCCUAAAGUAUGUUGUAAAUGUUAUUGUGAAGUGAAGGAUAUAUAUUUGUGUAUUAAGAAGCGGUAAUAGAAUCAAAGAGAAUCUGUCAGCUCUAUGAGGGGCAUUUAUCAAAAGUGAACUUGGUUUGUGUUCACUUUAGAUAAAAAGAGUUGCGGGCAAAGUGGCGUCUGUGCGCCAUAUUUAUCAAAUAUGAAUGCCCACUGAACUGCUCUGUUUAAAUGUUGCAAAGCAGUGGCGGGCCGUGCGACAAUUGUAUUAAAAGUCACACAGACCUUAAUACAAUUGUCACAUAAAGUGAUAUAGGGCAGGGUAGAAUUGCCUUGUGAUUUCUUCUAAAUCUGGUUUGUGCGACUGUUCGCGAAUUUUCGCAGAAAAGUUACACAUGAUAAAUUAGUGGCCACUGCACAAAGUAAUCUAAAUCAGAUAACUUUGUGGUAAUAAAAAUUAAACAGUCUAAAUGAAAUGUUCCAAGAAAAGUCGCACAGGACCAGCCUUUUCCUGCAACAAAUUUUAAUGAAAAAAGCUGUCUAAACAGCUUGAUAAAUUCCCCCUAUAUAUCAUGCUUUGAGCUGCAGUCAUGGGCGCACAAUUGUUAGGGAGAUAAAGCAAAUGAUACCAUUCUCCUAACUGACAGAAGUUUGCAAAGUUAUAAAAACAUGUUUUCCUUCCAAGCUCAAGUGUAAUAGAUACCAUGCCAUGCUCCUCCCUCGUGUAUUAUUGAUGUACAAGGUUCAGUGCUGGAAGCCAAACACUGUACAUCAAUCAUGUAGAACAGAGAGGAGUGGGGGAGGUAGGAAGAAAGUGUGCCAGAUGAGCUUGUAAGUAAAACAUGAUUUUAUAACUUUGCAAAUAGACAUUAGUACAUCACAUAGGUAUUAUUAUUAUUUUUUCAUUUCUCUCUAUCAGCUAUCUGCCCAUGUCUGCAGCUCUGAGCAUGACAUAGAGCAGACAGAUUCCCUUUAAUGGAAAGGCAACAGAAAUUAGAUGAAUGUACAUAAAUGUAUGUAGAUAAAAUGGUCUCCAGUGUCAUUCAAAAUUGGUAGUCAACAGAAAGAUGUAUGUUUGAAUCAUUAUUCUUUUACUUUUAAUAAUAGCAACAAAAAAAUAUUAUCCUUUAGAAAAUGUCCUUUAGCACAACGUUUAUUUCAGGGCUAUUGACUGUUCUUUACAACUGGUCUCUUAAGCAAGUAGAGCCAAAAACAGUUUUGUUACAUUAUAUCUAUUGUGGAAUUUGUUUAUUGUUUAUAUUUGUAUUGUGUCUUUGUAGCCUCUAUGAGGGGCAUUUAUGAAAAUUUGCUUAGGUAUGCUAUUUUUUAGUUUGUUUUCGUUUUUCACUUUCAUUCUGCUUAAGUGCCACAAAUUUACUAUAUUGUUGCACGGCGUUAAUACAUUUUUCGCAGGUAAGCAAAAGCGAGAGUUUUUUCUCACCUAAGCGAAAACAAUAGUCAGUUUCUGUUAGUCAAGCCAAGGUUCGGCUGGAGUAUAUUUAGUAGGUUUUUAAAGUCUUAGCGACUUGUUUGCGAAUGUCGCAGUUAAUACAUUUCUGACUAUGGCAAGUCAAAAUUGUAAAAACGCUUAUGUACGCCGAUUUGGAAAAAAUGCUUUUCUCACUCUCAUGGCAGAUUGUCGCACGGAAAAAGACAGUUGCGCAAUUGCGAUUUUUUGUGACAAUUUUAUGCGAAAAAACUCCGUUAAAUCGGUUGAUAAAUGUCUGUCUAUAUGUAUACUCUUGCCCCAGGGAUAUCAGUUUUUAUUUCCAAAAGUUAUUUUGUGUUUACCAAGGUCUUUCAAAACAAUGGAGAAAUAUAUACUCAUCCAUACAAGGCGGUAUUAUAAAAUAAGAAUAAAAAGAGGUCCAGAUUAAUAAAGCUUUCUCAUAAUUUUACCUACAUAACACUACUAUACCACCAUAAUACAGCCUACAUAAUAGCACCAUAUAGUUCACAAAUAAUAUGCAGUAUGCAAAUAAUGCUGCUCUAAAGAGUCUACAUAAAACUGCCAAAUUCACUCAGUACUUACUGACAUCUGGAUGCAGAGCUCCUCCAAGAUUUGUUAAUAUGUACCGUAUCUGUUUAUAUGUGUAGUGUAUCUACAAAUAGGUAUGACAUUUAAAGGAGA